UUUCUUGUAUGGCGUCUCACACACUAUAUUUAGGCAUAACACAAUUUUCUUCGUUUUAAGACUAGUUCUUGCUUUCUCCAUAUUCUCUCAACAAACUCAAAAAUGUUGACUCACACCAUUUCUAAAUCCAUCUCUUUGGUAACCAUUCUGUUAGUUCUACAAGGUUUCUAUUACACAUCAGAGGCACAAAACUGCGGUUGUUCGUCAGAGCUAUGUUGUAGUCAGUUUGGAUUUUGUGGUAACACAUCAGACUAUUGCGGCGUAGGCUGUCAACAAGGGCCUUGUUUUGCUCCUCCUCCUGCAAAUGGUGUCUCUGUGGCUGAGAUUGUUACGCCAGAUUUCUUCAAUGGAAUCAUUAGUCAAGCCGAGUCUAGUUGCGCCGGCAAUGGAUUUUACAGUAGGGGAGCCUUUCUUGAGGCCUUAGAAUCCUAUUCUCGUUUCGGUAGAGUUGGAUCAACCGAUGACUCUAGGCGUGAGAUCGCAGCGUUCUUUGCUCAUGUCACGCAUGAAACAGGACAUUUCUGCUACAUAGAAGAGAUAGACGGAGCCUCAAAGGAUUAUUGCGAUGAGAACGCAACACAAUAUCCAUGCAAUCCUAACAAAGGCUAUUACGGUCGCGGACCUAUCCAACUCUCAUGGAAUUUCAACUACGGGCCAGCCGGGACAGCAAUUGGUUUCGACGGCCUCAAUGCACCAGAAACAGUAGCCACGGAUCCAGUCAUAUCCUUCAAGACAGCCUUGUGGUACUGGACCAAUAGGGUUCAACCUGUUCUAUCUCAAGGUUUUGGUGCAACAAUCCGUGCAAUUAACGGUGCUUUGGAAUGCGACGGGGCAAAUACAGCCACCGUUCAAGCUAGAGUUCGCUACUACACCGAUUACUGUCGUCAACUUGGCGUUGAUCCUGGAAACAACCUCACUUGCUAGCUAUCACUUGCUAACAAAAAAAAAAACAUCCCAUAUAUCUCUGUAUACAUCAUCAAAGCAAAAAGAAGACAAGCUUUAAGAUUGUAAUGGCCCAUUAGUAUUUUGUCCCUUAAUGUCGAAUACAAAACAGAGUAACUCUCUGUACAGAAUCCUAUGAAAGUAAGUAGUUUCAUUA